CACCGUGUCUACCUGAACGAUGAGCGGAAAAAGAACGGCGCAAGCUAAUGCAGCGGCUUACUGCUAAACCCGCGCUUCUCUUCCCUGGUACACAAACCGUGAAAAGGAACUGUCGCCCAAAAACCCCUUCCGAUUACUAGGAGCGAAAAACCCGAGACGCGUGCACGCUGCAGCAAUGGCAACUUGUGCAGUGAGAAGUUUCUCAAAUGUGUCAGAAGCAACUUCAGAUUCUGAUGAUGAAGAUAAACUCCACAUUGUGGAGGAAGACAGUAUUCCUGACACUUCAGAGGAAAAGCCGACAAUAUUCCAGUUUGGUGCAGCACAGCAGGGGGACAUAUUGAAUGAUGGCAACCUGGGGCCAGACACACUGAUACAGGAAAUAAGGGUUAAAGAGGAGUGUGUAACUGAUGAGGAUGAAGCUCAGAUGAAUGAAACCUCAUGGCAGGGGAAGAAAGGGGUUAUUUGUCCAGACGUUCCAGAGGAGGAGCAGAGCACACCAGAGAGAGGAGUCCAUGAUGAAAAUGGUACACCUGACGAGUUCUCUCAGCUCCACUCAUGUCCAUAUUGUUCCCGAGGUUACAAGCGUCACACAUCGCUGAAGGAGCACAUCAAACUGCGUCAUGAAAAAAGCAAGGAUGACUUCAGUUGCACCCUCUGCAGCUACACUUUCACCUAUCGUACACAGCUUGACCGACACAUGAACGCUCACAAAAAUGGAAGAGAACAGAGGAUGGUUUCACAUUCAGGAGGAAACAGAAAGUUUAAAUGUACAGAGUGUUCGAAAGCUUUUAAGUACAAACAUCACCUGAAGGAACACCUGCGCAUCCACAGUGGUGAGAAGCCAUAUGAGUGCUCUAACUGUAAGAAGCGCUUCUCCCACUCUGGCUCCUACAGUUCCCAUAUCAGCAGUAAGAAGUGUGUAGCAAUUCCCCCUGGUGUUAAUGGCUUAUCUCACACUCCUGGAGUCAAAACAGCUCUUACUCUGACUCACCCUACACGUAUCCUCUUGCGGGAGAAAGUUGAUAUUGAUAACAAACCUUUGGAGGAACAGCUUCCUCUUAAGAUUAAAGAAGAGCCUGAUGAGCAUGAACUUAAACCUGUCAGAACUACAGCGGUUGCUACGACAACCACUAUCACCACUACCAGCACUGCUAAUAAUGGGAGUGGAAUUUCUAUUCAGACUACUGCUCCUCAGGGUGUGGUACAGACAUUAGUUCUACCUACUGUGGGUCUAGUUCAGCCUAUUAGCAUCAACCUACGAGACCUCCAGAAUAUUCUGAAAGUGGCAGUGGAUGGGAACACGAUCUGGCAGGCUGUGCCUAAUUCAAAUGCUAAUGGAGCUAGUAGUAAGGUUGUUAAUCAAGGGCUGCCACAAGCAGUGCUUGUGCAGUCUCCCCAUCCCCAUUUGCAGGUGAUUUCUGCAAUCUCUCUCCCUGUGCUGGAUCAGGAUGGAAAUUCCAAAAUUAUCCUAAACUAUAGUUUAGACCCACAAAUUAGCACUUCAGAUUUGAACACAGCACAGUCGACAUUGCCACAUCAAACUAUGGCCCAAGCAAAAGCACGAGAGCCAAAUAUGGCACCACCAGAAGUGGUAAAGGUGAAUUCAACACAAUGUCCAAAGGUGGCACAAACUAACAUAACGCAGCCAAAUGUCACUCCAACCCCAAUAUCACCUACUACAAGACCAGUACCUGCACAAAUAAGUAUACUUAAAUCCACACAGUCAACUGCUUCGAAUAAAGCAGCAUCCAUAAUAAAGUUCACAAAGCUGGUCCCAGGAGAGACAAAGCAUACACAGCCAGCAUUGUUGCUUGUAAGAACAACCAAUGGGUCUCAGGGCCUGGUAGUAAGACAGUUAGCAGCCGUGAACCCACAAGUAACUCCAACUGUAGGAACUACAGAUCUGAAAUCAACCCCAGAAUAUACAGUCAUGGCAGCAGAACACAAUUCACUCAUUGGGCUGAACCAGGUUGCAGAAGAGACCAAUACCUCUCAGGACAACGGUCAACCUGAAGACCUGAGGUCUACUUUGCUACAGGGAACUCAGUUCAAAACUGAAAGUGAUUUUGAAAUUAAGACAGAUUGUGAAGAAGCUUUACAGAUAGAGAAAGAAAAGGAGAGAGAAAGGAAAGCAGGAAUGAUGACACCAAGUGAUUCAACAGUGGCUCACAGAAGUGUUGUUUGUGGUGAUAGCUUCCAUAACUACGCUACAUGUCUUUUUUGUGACAACAGCCCCAGCAGCAGUGAUAUCUUGAAUUGUCUCAACAGCAAUGAACAAGGAUCUGACAGGUCUUUCUCUUCUCUCCUGGGGGAGGAAGACUUUGAGAGUGCAGAUCAGCCCCCAGUGAAGAGUCUCUUGCCCCUCCUUGAGGCAUACAACAAAGACUCGCACCCCAGUGAAGAGCAGCUGUCUCAAGUUGCAAAAUCUGUCAGUUUGCCUGUGGAUGUGGUCAAUAGGUGGUUUGAAAGAAUGCGGUUAAAAAACAUACUACUCCACCACCCUGAAAAUUCCCAAAAUGGGCAACAGACUGUUGCAAAUUCUCUACCAGAGCCCAGUAAGGACACGCAGACCCAAAUCCUGGACACUCCAACUGAACCUCACAAUGAAGAAUCCGUGGACCAGAAUAGUGACCCUCCUCCUCUAAACUUCUCUAUAAAUGAUCAUGGCAUUAUAAAGACAGAGGAUCAGGAAGAGAAAGGGCAAGCUGAACCUUUGGAUCUCUCACUCCCAAAGUCCUCUUGUUGUAAUGGUAACACUUCUGUUACUAUUGCAUUGUCUGCCACAAAGCAAUCUGUCCCCACCCAAGAGGAACCACUCAAUCUCACAUGUUUCAAAAAGGAUUCGAUGGAUGGCAACACCAUUUAUAUGACACAGUCUGCCACAAGUCCGAUAAACAUAAUAGCCGCACCUUUGCCAACUCUGGUUGCCAUAGCAGAGCCUGGUGGAAUUCCCUGCCUCAGAGCUGCCAUCUCCACCAAACAGCACACCAUCCUCAUCCCCCAGCUGUCUUACACAUACACCUCCCCUUCUACCAACACCAAGGCUAACACCACCACUUCCUGCAGUACUAAGGCUAGCACCAUCACCACACCCUCAUCCACAGACACACAGGGAACGGUACUCAAUGGCUGUCAGAAGGAGAAGACUGAUGCUGGAGAUGAAUCCUUGUCUGGGUGGGAGGGGCUGAAUGACAGCAACCUCUCUCCCAAUAAGAAAAGGAGGAAGAUGCAUGGUGGCCAGUAUGCAUGUGACCUAUGUGACAAAAUUUUCCAGAAGAGCAGCUCUUUACUACGCCACAAAUAUGAACAUACAGUGUGCUUUGGAUCUUGGUCCUGCUGCAUGAUGAAAUUUGCAUCAUUGAAGUACUGGCCAAACAGGAUGUCAUGUCUGAUAUGCAUGAUGCCACCUUACCAGCCCCAUACCAGGACACUGCCUCCACCAUGCUUGACAGAAGGUAAACGUCCUCAUGAGUGUGGAGUCUGUAAAAAGGCAUUUAAACACAAGCAUCACCUAAUAGAGCACUCACGUCUUCACUCCGGAGAGAAACCAUACCAGUGUGAUAAAUGUGGCAAACGCUUCUCACACUCCGGCUCUUACUCCCAACACAUGAACCAUCGCUACUCCUACUGCAAGAAGGAGGUUUAUGACCAGCCAGAGCCAAAUAAUACUUCCUCUACGCCUCCCUCACAGCUUGAUUCAGAUGAGAGGGAGAGUGAAGCUGAGGAGAUAGAUGAUGAAGAACCAGAAGGAGAUGAUGAUGGUGAGGAAGAUUUUUCUGGCUUUGACAUGAGUGACAUAAGAGUGGUCAGGGUUGGUGAGGAAUAUGAUGACGAGGAGGAGGAAGUGGGGAGGGGAGAGAAAAAACAGAUGACAGGAAAAGACCCAGUGGAGUUGGAUACUGUGGAAAAAGAAGUGUUGACAUUGGGCAUGGAAGGUAUGAUGGACAGCAAAACAGAGAAGGAAAUAUGGAAACCAGUGGAGAAUGGUGUGUUGAAUGACACUGUAGAAAACAAGUAAUUAUGUUUCUCUCUAGUAACUGCAUAUUUCUCUGUGAAAGGUCAAGGCUUGAAUUAAUGCCUUGGUUCACUCUUGAAGACAGUGUUUACUUUGGAAGGAUUAUUUUGUGUUAUUAAUUUACUGUGUAUGAAUCACAGGUGUGCCUGAUCCAUAAAUUACAGCAGUCUGUAAACUAGUUAUAUAACAAAACAGAAAAUUUUAAAUUUUCAUUAAUAAGAUUCAACUGAAAGGUUUUAUUGAACCUCAGCCUCUAGUUAUUUGUUAUUGUUACUAAUGACUAUCUUUGAAUGGUUCCAUCUGCAGUCAGGUGACAUUUCUACACAUUUUUAUUGCCAGUGAAGUUUACUAAAAUCAGUAUUUUAUCAAUAUUUUAGUACUUCUUUGAGAUAGAGACUGCACUGUAGGUACAGUUAUGAUUUUAUUUAUGGAUACAUAAUGCCUCAACUAAAUACCAUUCAGUAUUUUUAUUCUAAUUAGGCCAGCCAGUGUUUGCAUAGUAUUUUUGUUUGUGUCUGUGUGAAGGAAAUAAGUUUGCACUUGCAUACCAUGGGAUCAUUUAGAAAGAUAAAAAGUAAUAUGUAAUCCAUUAAACAGCUAAAUUAUUAUAUUUAUGGCAUAAAUUAUAUGUUUGGUUAGAAUCCAUAUUCAGUUGUAAUUUUAUGUAAACACUAGGCAUGUAAUGAUUCACCCAAUUCAUGAUUCGAUGCAUGAACUUUUUCCCCACGAUAUUUUUGGAGAAAAAAAAAAUUACCAAAAAACUGCAGCAUUUAUUUUGCUAUUCUUUAUGAACUUAUAUAUGCCUUUUGUUAAAUUUAAAAGAAAAAGUUUUUUGUUUUCGUAAUAACUGAAUAAUUAUUUGCCCACAUUUGUAAAGGUUAGAGUAAAAUAUAAUAGCCUAUUAACUAAAAUAUUCCUUUUAUUAAAAUGAAAAGGUUAAUAACAUAAGCAAUUUCUUAAAUGUUUAUGAACAUUUACCUCUACCUCCAUUUUUCUUCUCGUUUCUUUAGCUUUCGACAGUUUGUAAAAAGAUAGCUCCGAUUUCUUGUUAAAUCUAUUUGUUGUCAAUUGCAGAACAGCUCUAUCAUUUUAGAUCUGUUUUUGCAGCAUGAGAGCCAUGUUACUUCUGCCUCCUGCUAUUGUACAUUAUUGCCCCCUCUGCUGUCUAAACCAACUAAUUGCAGUUAGCAAAACCAAGAGAUAAUGUAGCUUGAUAAUAAUUGAUUAAUUUUUUAUUUCAUCAAUUCAAAUUGUCAUGAAUUUAUAUUGCAAUUUAUCAUAACACGAUAUAUCAUUACAUGCCUAGUAAAACACUCCUAAAUGCUAAUAUCUGCAAAAAAAAAUUGGACAGUGUUUAAAAUAGUAACAAUGACUGUAAAUUGUUCAUGAAAGAUCAUCAUGAAGUUGUCAUCCUUGCUAUGUUGGUGAUACUUUUUAGCUGAUACAUACUAUAAAGUGCACUUUUCUGUUGUAUAGUAUGUAGGAACAUGACGCAGCUUAAAAACACUUCAGUCAGGGAAUUGUGUGUUACACACCUAGUGUUAGCGCUCCUUCUCCUUCACAGAAUUAUAUUCACUUAAGGGUGCACUUAAGGGUCUGUGAUAGAGUACCUAUAGAAAUAAAGCUUAAUAGUCUUAAUUUUAUAGCAUUCUGUUCAGAACAUGUACUUAGAGAUAUUAAAAGUAGUAACACUUUAAUUUAUCAUUUGGACUAGUUUAUUAAACAUAAAUUUUGAAGCCAUUUAUAAUACAAGUAUUGAAGUAAUGUGAACCAUUAGAUUUGCAGAUCAGCUAUAGGAGAACACAUUGUUUCACUUUUAGCAUUAGUGAAUUCUUAAUGUGUUACUUUGUGAUAGAUGAACUAUGAAUGGUUCUAGGGAACCCCUCGCCAGCCUUAUGCAAGACCGGCAAGCUGUAUGUGCCAUUCAUUCCUAUUAAUUUGCUAGUCCAGAAACAAAUGAAACUAUUUUAAAGCCAAUUGAUUAUUUUAAAAAUUAUCUAGAUGUGUUGACUUUGACAGGUGUAUUCUAGAAACCAAAUUUAAUUUUGACUUGUUUAAUGUUAAGCUAACUUUAGAAUUUUUGUGACAUUUCAGAAAAAGAAAAAUAGACAAAUUUAGUUUUUAUUAUGAUGGAAAAGUAAAUCAUGACAGUUUUUGAUUGUUACUAUGUUAUUGGAGUUUGGGUUUACAUUUUUUUUCAGAUGCUCGCCUUGUGAGUAUUUCUGACUGCUUACAUUGGCCUAGAGCAGUAUAAUAUUUCUAUUUGAAAUGGUUUGGAUGUGAUUAUGAAUCUAAAAGUAUUUUUCCCACUAAUGAAGCAAUACGAGACUUGAUUAUGCGUAGUUAUUUUACACUUAGUAAUUUACCUAAAGGUAAUUAUUUAACAAUGUGGCAUAAGUGAAUUGGUCAGACAUAGAACAAAGCCAUUACACUAUUGCUUUGGAGUACAACUAGCAGUCAGGUUAAAGUAUAGGAAAAAGGGGAAAUGACAACAUGACAAUGAAGGAAUGAACACAUCCUACUAAAGGAGUGCACUUGAUGUAAGAGACAGUGAGUGAAUGUGUGUUUAAUGUUGUUUUAACCAUUACACAUUACAGUAUUAUUGUGAUAUAUUGUUUCUAAAUAUUUGUGUUUACAUCAAUACACAUGUAUAGUGUGUAUUUUUAUCAUCAGUAUUAAAAAUACCAAUGAGUGAUUAUUGUAGGAAGCUUUUCCAUUUUCCUGUUUUUUUUGUUUUGUUUUUUUUAAUUAAUA